AUGAACUCGAUCACAGCUACGGCGCCCAUUCGGGCAGCCAUUCCGAUGUCAUGUCUGCACUUUUCGGGGGGUUAUUCGAGGGCUGUUGCGACGACUGGACUGCGGUGCAGCGGUUCUUUGUUGGCGACCACGCGCCAGCAGAAGACCACCAAGCGGUUCAUUUCGAACACUCCACAGCCGAAAAUCAAGGAAUAUUUCCCUCCCCCGACUGCGCCCCAUGUCAAAGAGGUGGAAACGGCUUGGGUUCAUCCUGUAUACUCGGAAGAGCAGAUGAAUCGGAUUACCGUGGCGCACCGAGACGCAAAGGACUGGGCCGACUGGGUUGCGCUUGGGAGCGUGCGGGUGCUGCGAUGGGGCAUGGAUCUAGUGACCGGGUAUCGACACCCUGCGCCAGGAAAAGAGCAUGAGGCCAAGUUCCAGAUGACUGAGCAGAAGUGGAUGACCCGGUUUGUGUUCCUGGAGAGUGUGGCCGGCGUGCCGGGUAUGGUGGGGGGCAUGUUGAGACAUCUGAGAAGUUUGCGGCGCAUGAAGAGAGACAAUGGAUGGAUCGAGACACUCCUCGAAGAGGCAUACAACGAGCGUAUGCACUUGUUGACGUUCCUAAAGCUCGCGGAACCGGGCUGGUUCAUGCGCCUGAUGGUGCUCGGAGCGCAGGGAGUCUUCUUCAACGGGUUCUUCAUCGCGUACCUCCUGUCGCCCCGCAUUUGCCACCGAUUUGUGGGGUACCUCGAAGAGGAGGCCGUGCUCACCUAUACCCGCGCGAUCAAGGAUCUCGAACGGGGCAAGCUUCCCGCGUGGGAGACGAAGGGGGCGCCUGAGAUUGCCGUCCAGUACUGGCAGAUGCCGGAGGGACAGCGCAAGAUGAGGGAUCUGCUGCUGUACAUUCGGGCUGAUGAGGCCAAGCACCGCGAGGUGAACCACACUCUGGGAAACCUGAACCAGGGGGUCGACCCAAACCCGUAUGCGGCGAAGUACAAGGACCCGACGAAGCCUCACCCGAGCAAGGGAAUUGAUCAUCUGAAAGAGAAGGGAUGGGAGAGGGAGGAUGUGAUCUGA